AUGAAAGAUAACGAUGCCCUAGACACAGGCUCUCGCCACAAGAUCAUUGUGGGAGUAGACUAUGGAACCACAUUUUCAGGUGUCAGUUGGGCAGAGUCCACAAAGACCAGGUUGGAAGAUAUCAAUGUCAUCAACACUUGGCCAGGGCAUCGGGAUUCAACAUGGAAGGUCCCAUCGAGAAUAGCCUAUGCACAAGAGAAUAAAAACAAGAUACCCGCAGAUCAAUGGGGAUUCCAGGUUUCUCCAAACUUGAUGUGUUACUCCUGGACCAAGCUGUUGCUGGACAAGAGCGCACAGCUGACCGGCUAUGAUGAUCCAUCGUUGAAGGAUCUAUUUGGGUCAGGCCUGAUGAGCCUGCCAAAGGGAAAAAGUGCACAAUGCGUGAUCGAAGAUUACUUCCGGGAGUUGUAUGUCUACCUUAUUCACCAGCUGGAGAAAAAGAUGGGAGCCGGUGUUUUCAAUGCCACCCCAAUGGAGAUAUAUUUGACCAUGCCUGCGAUUUGGUCCGACCAAGCCCAGCUAGCCACUCGGAAAGCUGCAGAAGCCGCAGGGUUCGGGUCACGGCCAUACGACUCUAUCUUCAUGAUCAAGGAGCCCGAAGCUGCAGCACUUUCGGCAAUAAAACCGCACCUGGGGCCCGACGCAAUUGACCCAGUUCAGCCAGGCGAGGGUAUUCUAAUAUGUGACUGUGGAGGUGGAACGGUUGACAUCACAACCUAUAUAGUUCUAAAAUCAGAACCAAGGUUGGAGUUUGAAGAGCUCUGUGUUGGCAUAGGAGGAAAAUGCGGGUCAACGUACAUCGAUCGGAAUUUCAACCAGUGGAUGCAAGAGACGUUUGGAGAAGAAUAUACCUCAGUGCCGAUGAGAUUACGAGGGCCAGGUAGUAGAUUUAUGAAUUCCUUUGAGAGUGCGAAGCGGAAUUUCGGAGGUCCCAACGAUGAUCGAGGAGUGGAAGUUGGACCUAUCCGGAUGGAUAUCGGACCAAGCGUCCACUAUGACGAUGAGGAACUGGUGGUAAAGCUUUCCAAGUACGAUAUGCAGCGGCUCUUUGAUCCCGUCGUAAAGGAAGUCAUAUCUCUGGUAAAGUCACAGGUAAAGGCUACUGAGAAGAAGAAAAAGAGAAUCGACCGACUGAUACUUGUUGGAGGGUUUGGGGAUUCGGAUUAUCUCAACACCAAGCUAGGCGAAUGGUGCAAAGGAAAAAAUAUCGGCUCUGUAACAUGCCCGCCAGACUGUCAGGCUGCCAUUGUCAAGGGUGCCUGUCUGCGUGGUCUAGAAGGGCUGAAGCCUAUCAUCACUCAUAGUAGAGCACACUAUGGCUGGUCCUGGGGAAAACGGUUCAGGAAAGGCAUCGACCCCGAAGCAAAUUCGUACACUGAUCCACUCACUGGUGAAAAGAUGUGUAGCGGAAGAAUGGAAUGGGUUAUCCCCAAGGGGAAACGACUGGACGAAAACUUCAAGAUGAAGGCCGACAUCCAGAGUACGUUCAAGCUCGGCCAGCCGUUGAAUGAGAACAUCACUAUGUUCUCCUGCAACAUGGACGAGGCGCCGGAGAGGGAAGACCACCACCGUGUCGUUAAAGUAGGGGAGAUAUCCCCAGCCUUUUCGACGUCCACAUUCAACGACUUCCAGACACGCAAGAGCACCUCGGACGGGCAGACGUACCACCGCUUCAACUACACGAUAGAGGUGAACUUCCGGUCCAAGGGGGGUAUCCUGAGCUUUGCAGCAACGUCAGAAGGGAAAGUAAUUGCAGACGCGGCUCUGGGGCUGCUGGAGGACUGA